AUGGCCAAUUUUGUCGGCUCCGGCCAGACCCUGGCCGCCCUGCAAAACCCCGGCCUCGCGCCCUACACUGUCUUUGCCCCUACCAACGCCGCGUUUGAGUCCAUGCUCAACGUGAAGAUCCCUGGUAUUGAUGUGAGGUCUUUUAUGAACAACAAGGCGAUCCUGCAGAUGGUCGUGAACCUACACCUGGCGCCUGGCGCGUGGACGACCCAGAAGAUGACAGACGGCACCAAAAUCCCGACCCGCCUGGCGGGCACCGCGGGCACCCUCACUGUCAAGAAGGACGGCGCCAACGUCUUCCUGCAGUCUGCCGGGUCGUCCCCCAAGAUCGUGCAGGCCAACAUCCUGGCGGGCAACAACGGCGUGCUGCAGGUCAUCGACGGCAUGCUCCUCCCGGUUAAGAUCAGCUCUGCCGCCAGCCUUGGCAAGCGUUGA